UCAAGGUUAAGUGCAAUCUCACGCUCUUCGUUUGAGUUCAAGAAAAUGGCCGAGGCCAGAAUGUCACCAGAUCGGUUCUUCUGUCUAGUGUGUCUGAAUCCCCCGACGGAUCCAGUAACGACCGACUGUGGUCACAAUUUCUGUAUGACCUGUAUUAAUGAAUACUGGGAUCAGGAGGAUCAGAGGGGAGUGUAUAGCUGUCCUGAGUGCACAGUCAAGUUCACUCCGAGGCCUAAUUUACGAAGAAACAUUUUGCUGACUGAAGUGAGUGAUUCAGUGAAGAAGACUGUCCAGGGUGCUUCUCCUGCUCACCGUUACGCUGGACUCAGGAGAAUGGUAAAGGAGGAACAGAUGAAAUUCGAGGAGAGAAUCCAGGAGAAGCAGGAGAAGGUGGAGGAGCUGAGACAGGCUGUGGACACUGUAAAGCUCAGUGCACAGACAGCAGUGGAGGACAAUGAGAGGCUCUUAACUGAGAUGAUCAGCUCCAUGGAGAAGAUGCACUCGGAGAUGACGGAGCUGAUCAGAGCUCAGGAGAAGGAUGAACUGAGUCGAGCUGAACGACUCCUGGAGCAACUGGAGCAGGAGAUCACUGAUCUUCAGAGGAGAGUCACUGAGCUGGAACAGCUUUCACAGACAGAUGAUCACCUCCACUUCCUCCAGAGUUUUCAGUCUCUCCAUUUCUCUUCUGGAUGCGAUUACUCAUGCAGGAUCACUGUCAAUCAAGAUCUCUCAUUUGAUGGAGUGAGGAAAUCUCUCUGUGAUCUGAAAAAGAGAAUUGAGGAAGUCUGCCAGGAAGAAUUCACCAAAAUCCCUGAACAUGCUGCAGCAGUUCAGAUCAUUUUACCCUCAGAACCAAAGAGCAGAGAAGAUUUUAUGCCGUACUGAUCUCGGAGUUCCAGCACCCUCCAGAAUAGGAGUGUAUGUGGAUCACAUUGCAGGAACUCUGUCCUUCUACAGCGUCUCUGACCCGAUGACGCUCCUCCAGAGUCUGCACCACAUUCAUGCAGCCUCUAUACGCUGGGUUCGCGCUCCACUGGUCGUUUGAUAGAGUGAGAUUUUGUGAUCCAUAAGUUUGUGUGUAGUGUUUUAUGUACAAUUCCACGCGUUUCCGUUCUACACACGUUUCUGAUUUAAACACACACACACACACACACACACACACUCUCUCUCUCUCACACUCACAUACACACACAAAACAUACACGCACAAACACACACAAGCACAGACACACACGCAAACACACAUACAAAUUCACACAUGAAAAACACACUCAGAGACACACACAGAAACACAAACACACAUACACACACUCAGACACACAAAAACAUAAAGAAACACACACACGAACACAAGCGCACUCACAAACAAACACAAAAACAUGCGCACACACACACUGUCUCACUCUCCACAUAAAUAUCAUAUAAAUAUAUAAUCUCCUCCACAGAGAUCACACCACAUUCAGUCAGCCUCUAUAUGCUGGGUUUAUGCUCGACUGUUACGGAUCAACUCUUGAGAUUGUGAUCCAAAAUAAACUGGUGGUGGUGUUUAUUUUUCUUUGUUAAUAUGUUCAUACUUUUCAUUGUUUCUGAAUAUACGUUGUAUUAAUAAUAAUACAGUUGAGUUGAGUAUGAUUCUUUUCAUUUCAAAUGUCCAUCUUCACUGCAUCCAGUCUAGCAUACAUGCACCAAGCAUAAAAUAUCAUUAAGGAGAUCCUUUAUGUUUGAGCUUCUCAUCUAAAAUGGCAUUUGUAGAUCAUUUUUUUGUAUAACAAGCCAUUAUACAUAUCACAUGACUAAAAAGUUUAGUGUUUGUUUCAUCCCAAUAAACUGUAUAAAGGUUUUCUUCACUGUCCAUUGCUCUGCAUUGCAGAUUAAUCCACUA